CACACACACACAGAGUCCAGCAGAAAGUCAAGUACAUUGAGUCUAGCCGCGUAAUCCAUUUUAACGAAUACCUGAAGAACACGCAAACUUUUCAAUACGGCAACACGUGACGUGCUGUCAGAUUCCUAAUGAUAAACCGCAAUUCGUGAUUUACGUUUUAAUAUGAAUGUGUGUGUGUGUGUGUGAGAGAGAGAGUGACUCAGUGCGAGUGUGUGUUCGUGUGCGCCUUGACUUCCUCGGUGCUGCACCACCACCACCAUGAAUCAUGACGAUCAUGGCAGGCAAAGAGAAAGUGAAAGGAGAAGAAAGAAGCGCGGAGGAGCUGCUGACUCUGUAGCCUCAGCGUCGACAGUCGAGUCGCGUCGCUCGAAAGCUCGAGUUCGGGAAGACGUCGUCGUAGUGGAGCCGAACGGCGGUUUGUGUCGGCGAAGUCGUGCCCAUCCGUGCAGCUGUGUUGCUAUUUCUUAUGCUCAUAUAUGAGACAUGUCCCGGGGCUCCAAUGCUGGCUUUGAUCGACACAUCACCAUCUUCUCCCCAGAAGGCCGCCUCUAUCAAGUCGAGUAUGCCUUCAAAGCCAUUGCCCAGAGCGGUCUGACAUCGGUCGGGGUCCGGGGGACGGACUGCGCGGUGGUCAUCACGCAGAAGAAAAUCCCGGACAAGCUGCUUGAUGCUUCCACGUUGACCAACAUGUUUCCACUGACCCAACGCAUCGGUUGCGUCAUGACUGGCCAUAAUGCGGACGGCCGAUCUCAGGUGCACCGGGCGCGGAUAGAAGCUGCUGAGUGGAAGUAUAAGUUUGGCUAUGACAUCACAGCAGACAUGCUGUGCCGGCGUAUAGCGGACAUCUCUCAGGUGUACACGCAGAACGCAGAGAUGAGGCCCCUGGGCUGCUGUAUGAUCCUCAUAGCCAUAGAUCCUCAGCUGGGCCCCGUGCUGUACAAGUGUGACCCAGCGGGCUACUACUGCGGGUUCCGAGCCACCGGUGUCGGCGCCAAGCAGCAGGAAGCCAACAGUUACCUGGAGAAGAAGCUCAAGAAAAGACCAGAACUAACAUACGAGCGGACCGUGGAGCUGGCGAUCAGCUGCUUGUCCUCCAUCCUGUCUCUGGACUUCAAGCCCAGCGAGCUCGAGGUGGGGGUGGUAACCACAGCAAACCCUAAAUUCAGGACACUCACAGAGGCUGAGAUUGAGACGCACUUGGUGGCGAUCGCCGAGCGGGAAUAGACGAAAAGCAUCAAAACCACACACACACUAACCUGCAGACUCUAGCGCAGGUUCUGUGGGAGACGUCUUCAAAGUAUCGAGACCUCCAGAUCUGUCUAGUCCGUGUACCAUUUUCACACAAUAAAGCUUCGA